GCUUUGGAACGGCCAAUUCCUGCAAUUUGGGUUUCGCUAAAGGAAUUAUGGGGUUUAUUUUAGACCUUUAUUUUCUUUUCUCAUUCCUUUGUUGCUAUGGUAACCUUCCACAUCCCCCAAAUUGCCCCUUCGUCUGGCUGAUGGGUGGUCCCUUCUUCUAUUCUUCAACUAGGCUGGUGCGCAUGCAGAGCUUUUUGUUGUGUUGUCUCUGUCUAUCUCUUUCGCUUUCUUUCUUUCUUUUUUUUUGUUCUUUGCUGGAGAACGGAGAAGGCUGGAGACCAGACGACAGUGAAUUGAUCCAGUCACAGAUGGAGAUGUGUGAGUCGAGUCUGAGUGGUUCAGAUCUCUGAGUGUCACGUUUCUCUCGGCCCUCCUGAAGUGUGGUUUUCCAAACAAUUCAUUUGCACCCAAGAGUCCUGCUUGUUUUCUCUUUCUCUCGACACAUGCUUAUGAUUAAAGCUUCAUACAGUUCGUGACACAGAAUAUAGACGCCCUUAUCUAAAAAAAAAAAAAUGCUGUGCAAAGGCAGUACCAAAAAGAGGAAGUGCUACCUUCUUCUCUGCCACAUCCUCUCUUUUGUGCUUAUCUUCCCUUUCGGCCCUGUGACAUGUUAUUGUCUUUUAAAGCAAUGGUUUCAAACGCAGCGCAGUUAGACCUUUUGCUGAGAUCGAGUGCAGCCCUCCCCUUCUUAUAUUGCUGUUAUGACAGUCCGUGAAAACAUCAGUUAAGGAACUCAAUUCAGCUGAAGUCAUCCGAUUCUGUCGAGUCGUUCUCAAGAGUGUCGAAGGUUCUGCUGACGGGUAUCUUGAAUAUCUCGUCUUGAGGAGAAGCGAUGGAGGCUGCUAUCUUUGAGUAUCACAAAGAGGAUGACACUGUGGACAUCGAGGCUUUUCAGGGAGAGAAGCAGAAGGUCAUUCAGCCAAUGUCUUUAAAAGACCCCAAACUAGAAAAACUAAAAGAGGCACUGGUUUAUUGGAUCAAUAGCACUUUGAAAUCGGAGCACAUAGUGGUUCAGAGUCUGGAGGAGGAUCUGUAUGAUGGACUGGUGCUUCAUCACCUGCUGUCCAGGUUGGCCGGUGUGCACGUGUCUGUGGAGGAGAUGGCACUGACCAGCCUUGCUCAGAUCCGCAAGCUGGGAAUGAUCGUGGAGGAGUUGGACAAGAGACUGGGCCUGCAGGACAGCAGUCAGAUCAAGUGGAACGCCAAACUCAUCCACAACAAAGACCUUCUGGCCACGAUUCAUCUGCUGGUUGCCAUGGUGAGAGCGUUCCAGCCUGAACUGGAUUUGCCUCCGAACGUGUCGGUUGAAGUUGUAGUUGUGGAAGUGAGCAGAAGUGGCAUCAACUCAGAUGUACAGACGGAGGUGCUGACAGAGGAGAGGGACGCAAGCUCAGACUCCCAAAGCAAGACUGAAAGGGACGAUCCCAUCGAGCAACUGCUAAAGCUGGAGGCUCACAAGGUCAACAUGGUGAAGAAGGCCAUCUUACACUUUGUGAACCAGAAUAUGUCAUCCAUGGGUCUGCAGGUGGCUCAUAUGGACAAACAGUUCGCUGACGGUGUGAUUCUGCUGCUGCUGAUCGGACAGCUGGAAGGCUUCUUCGUCCCGCUGUAUCACUUCAACCUGACUCCCGUCAGUCACUCUGAGAUGCUUCACAACGUGACCUUAGCCUUGGAUCUCCUUAAUGGCACAGGCCUUCAGGUGUCCAGUGUUGAUCCACAAGAUAUCGUCUCUCAGGACGACACCGCCACCUUGAAGGUCCUGUACGCCCUGUUCAAGAAGCACAAAGGGAAAUGAGAAAAGGAAGAGGAACUCAGCAAACAGGAACACAAACAGAGCUGAAGAAAAGAUGAGAAACUGUUACGAAUGCUAAAGUUGAAGUUGACUGUUCAUAGACUUUUUGCUGAUGCUCGCAAGCUAAUUUAAAAGAAUAAAGUACAUGAAGCUUGAUUAACGAGUCAUGCAUAAUCAACGAUAUCGGUGUCUAUAAUGGCAGAGUCAGACCAGCAUCAAAACUUUGGAUCAAAAUCAAUUAUUUUCGCCAGAGUCCAUUCCCGUGAACGCGAUACCUCAGGAGAGAAUUCCUUGAAAAUUUGGCACAAAUGUCCACUUUGACUCAAGGAUGAACUGAUUAGUUUUUGGCCAUAACUCAAGAAUUCAUAUGCUAAUUAUGAUAAUUUUACACAAAUGUCUGCUAGGAUAAAACGAUGAAGUGGUAACAUUUUGAACAGAUGUUAACUGUAACUUAACUCUUGAUGGAGGCAUACAACUGCCAGGCGGUAAUUCUAGUCUUUCUUUAUUUUUUAUACAUGUUUCUAAUAUGUGGUGUGGAUGUGUAACCCGAUGUUAUUUCCCAUUUCCGCUAUCUCUUGCUCUCUUUCCUUCACUGUGUGACAGUGCUGAAACAUGGCACUUUUAAUUCUUGCUAUAGAAAACUUUAACUGCCACUUCUCAAUAAACAGUGUGAAUUUAGUCCUCUGCUUCCUCCAUGUGUUCCUGCUGACAGUCUGUGACCUCCUCGUUUUCUAGUCUGUGAAUGCUAUCGUCAGUUCUGUCAUUUAUUGUUUUUUGCCAUUGAAUUGUUCACAACUCAAUGUCACACACACAUGUAGCGAGUCAGGCAGCGAUGGAGGCAGGCUCAGAGAAUGAGAGACAGACAAUGGAUGUGAUACCAUCAAAGCAUUUUUUGCAAAUUUAAAAACUGCAAAAUUGUUAUCCUUUGUGUUGGAAAGACGUGUAAUUCCUUUGUUUGAAAGAAAUGUAUUCUAACCAUGAGUGACUUAAAUAUAAAUAUAUUUCCACUGCUAUCUUUUGUGGAUUUAGCUUGUGUAUUAGCAAAUUGCAGCGUGAAUUUCUUUGUUUUUUUAUUCAAGGUUAAAGGAACUAUAAACAGUAACAACAGCGACUUUCACACUUCCUAUUCAGUUCUCCCAGUUUUCAUGCAGAUGUGUUUGUUGACAUUCAGGAAGCCAAUUUAUUCGUUUCCACCACUGUGAUGGAAAAUACUCUAAAUUCACAUUUUAUUUCCCCUGACAUUUCAAAAGGUUUGCAUAAAAUUGUCUUGGCAGUCAGAUGGAAACACAGCUAGAGAGAGACAGACAGAAAGACAAAGAGACACUGAGGGGUGUGUUGCUCUUGUUCAACAUGUAAAUUGACACAUUUCAGCGAGCAGUUAAAGUAUUAUGAAAUCAAAAUGGCUUAUCUUCUGUUUUUCAAUUUACAGCCCUUGAACUCCACAUCCCGAGUGAUAGUAAACAAGAUUUACUUGUUGAAAAUUAAAUUGCACAUUGCUUUAUGAAAAGCAAAACCCAUUGUAGUACAUGACCAACCAAUAAAGUGCCGUCCAUUUGCAUUUUACGGCCUGACGACUACAAAUUGUAAUUGUAUUUCAUAGUCGGGUGUUACAUAUCCCAUCCAAUCAUACAUGUUUGCUUGUCAUCGCUUACAUUAGGUGGUCCAUAUAAAUAUCUGUCAUUAAAUCUUUCUGCAUGUUGCCUUUUAUGUAACUUCCUUCACCUCAUCUGACUCUUCUAUUCUUAUAUUCAUAUUGUUUUGUAUGUGAAUGUUAAAUGAAAUGUAUGUUCUUUUUCAUCAAAUGUUGGGUAUUUCAGGGUCAGUCGAAGGGGUUUUGAGCUCAGGGACAGUCCGUAUGAAGCUUGCUAAUAUAUUUUUCAAAGAAUAAAAUGUGUGUUAUUGUUGCAAUAAAUGGCUAAAACCUU